GCUCCUUCCACUUUCGUUUUCUGAACGCAAUGAAGACAAAGCGGAAGAACAGGCUUUCCUUAAAAUAGAUCCUGCAGGGAAGCAGAUCCACCUGCCACCGGGGAUUCCCGAUUCCCUCCAACCAGACACUGAAGGAGACCUUCAAGAAUGGAGAGAAAAAGUUGUCCCCAUUUCAGAGACUCUUUUUAGGAUAGAAAAACCGGAAGAGCUGAUGCGAUGCAGCAGGAUAUGCUAAUUGCUUGAAAUUACAAUCUCUAGACUCUGUUACCAUCAUAAACUCCACCGGCAGUUCAAAGGACAAGGAGAUCUGGCAGAGAAGCAGUGAAGGAGAGCAGCACAUCCACCUGCCACCGGGGAUUCCUGAUUCCCUCCCACCAGGACAGCAGAAGCAUCUUCAAUUGUAGGAGCCCAACAUGGCCCUGGAAGAGGACACCAUAGAGAUAGCAGCCCUGGGCCACCCCUUCCAGCUGGGGACGUUGUACGACUGCCGCAAGGAUGCCCUCAUUCCAGGCAUCACCCUUUGGGAUUACGACUCUCUUCAGAAGGACCUGACCAUCAAGCCUCAGCCCAAGACAGAAUCUGAAAUCAUUGCAUCAGAUAGCAUAGAUGACACGGCCUCCGCCCUGGACAUCUCAGCCUCCCUCAAGGCCAGUUUCUUGGCGGGGCUGAUUGAAGUGGGAGGGUCGGCCAAGUAUCUUCGUGACAAAAAGAAGUCCAAGCAACAGGCCAGAGUCACCCUUCAGUACAAAACCACCACCAGGUAUGAACAGCUGACAAUGAGCCACCUGGGAAUCCAGAAUGUCUCUUACCCAGCAGUCUUUGAGCAGGGCACAGCCACCCACGUGGUCACCAGCAUCCUCUACGGAGCCCAGGCUUUCUUUGUCUUUGACCGAGAAGUUUCUUCAACAGAGAUGGUAAAAAAUAUAGAAGGAAAUUUGCUUGCAACAAUCAAGAAGGAAAUAUCUAUCACAGGACAAGCAAAUAUGAAGCUAAAUGAAGAGGAGAAAGAGAACGCUCUGAAGUUCAGGUGCAAGUUCCAUGGAGACUUUUCUUUGGAGAGAAAUCCAGUGACCUUCCAAGAUGCCAUGAAAGUUUAUACAACUCUACCAAAAAAGUUAGGUAAAGAUGGGGAGAAGGCUGUGCCUAUGAGGGUUUGGCUCUACCCUCUGACCAAACUAGACUGCAGAGCAGCUAAGAUGGUCCGUGAGAUCAGCCUAACUUUGAUCUUCGAUGCUGAAAAGAUCUUGGAGGAACUCAAUGAAAUUGAGAUGCAAAUCAAUGAUCUAGCCAACGAUCCAAUUGCCGAGACCUUCCCUGAGAUCAAGAGGAAAAUCCAGCAGUUUAAGGAUCUGUGCAAGCAACACAGGCAGAUUUUCCAGAAACAGUUGGCCAGAAUGUUGCCUUCCAUCCGGGGAGGAGGGCAGGAGGAAGGAACCCUGGUGGACCUGUUGACGUCCAUCAACCAGUCGCCCUUCAAUAGCCAAAGACUCCGUGAAUUUCUGGACACCAAGAAAAGAGAAAUUAACUUUGUGAAAUCUUAUCGGACUAUUCUAAGUAAAAUUCAACUUAUCUCAUCUCAAAACAAGCUGGAAGAAAUAGUUCUGAAUCCUCAGAAUGUAUACGUGGUCGCCUUUAUAUUCACUUCUUUACAUGAAGAGGAGCCAUUUCUGUUGAGUUUACAGGACCAGCUUCAGGAGCAAUUCUUGCAAGAAUCGGUGAAGUCCACAAGGUUCCAUCCUGAGGUGAAGAAAGGCCUGGCCUGGUUUGAGUACAAGGAGACAACCCGCAAUGCUCGACAGGCUGCCAAAUCCAUCAAAGACUUUUUCAGCGUCAAUCAAUCCAAUGAGAAGAUCCGCUUUGUUGUGGCCUCACUCCCAGAUGUGGACAUCCCAGGAGCCUCAAUAUACCUUUAUGAAGAUGGAGAACUGGUCAGCAAGAACUUUGAGUUGCCCUCAAAACCUCUCCCUUUCCUGAUCAGUGAACUGAGACACAACAGCAUUCAGCUGAAGUUUCAGCCAGCUGAACAUGGAAGGGCUACAAUCUCCAGCUAUCUGGUAGAGUACAAGGUUGCAGGGGAAGAAAAUUGGAAGACUGUGAGGACAGAGGACUCUGGGGAGAUGUUCCUGCUGAAAGAUCUGCCUCCAAACACAGAGUACCAGUUCCAGUAUGCUGCUUGUUGCAAGCCGGGAUGUAGUAAAUCCAGUGAGUUGGGCCCACCCAUAAAGACUCUUCCCACCAGCCCUCCUGAGAAAUUAAGAAUGGUCACUGCAGCAUCUUCUGUCAUCUCUGUGGCCUGGAUGAGUCCCAGCAUCGUUGCCUCAGGAGUUGUGGUCAAGGAGUACAAAGUGGAGUACAGAAUGGUGGAGGCUGAAGCUGGGAAGGACCAAUGGACUGAAAAAAGGACUGAGAGAAAAACAGAGUUUUAUCCCAUUGAAAGUCUGAAAGCUCAGACGACGUAUAGAAUACGAGUGUCAGCUGUGUGCGAUAAUGGAGCUCUGAGUGUUCCCAGCAAGGAGGUGAAGAUCUCCACAUCACUGGAGGAAGAAAGUGUAGGCAACAUAGCCAUACAGUUCCUUCAGAAAUGCUCCUUGGUGGAGGACAGACAGCCAUUAGUGUUUGCCCUUCCUGUUGAGAAGGUCUCCUCAGAUGCCUCCAUAUCAUAUCUCAUGUACCAGCUUGGAAAGGAGAACCUGGAAGUGCCCAACAAAGUGAUCCUGGUGAUGGGAGAAACAGGAUGUGGGAAAACCACUCUGAUCAACGGAAUGAUCAAUUAUAUCCUGGGUGUCCAGUGGGAAGAUAAUUUCAGAUUCAAACUCAUUCAUGAAACCUCCCAGAGAAGAGAAGCUGGAAGCAGGACGUCUGAAGUCACAGCCUACAUGGUGAACCAUCAGAAGGGCUUCCGAAUUCCCUAUUCUCUCACCAUCAUUGACACGCCAGGAUUUGGAGGCACAAGAGACACAGAGCAAGACAAACUGGUGGAGAAGCAGCUCCUGGAGUUUUUCUCCACCCCAGGGGGCAUUGACCAUGUGGAUGCCAUCUGCUUGGUGGCCCAGGCUUUCCUUGCCCAUUCAACUCACAUCCAAAAACGUGUCUUUGAUCCCAUGCUCUCCAUGUUGGGAAAAGAUCUGAAGGAUAACAUCCAACUCCUGUUUACCUUUGCAGAUGGGGGAACCCCACCUGUCCUGGAGGCCCUCAAGGAGGCUGACUUGCCACGUGCUCAGGAUGAGUCAGGAAUCUGUGUGCACUUCAGAUUCAACCAUUCAGCCCUCUUUGCUAACCAAGAAAACAGAGGAAGCCACAAUACUGUUUCUGGAAUGUUCUGGAAAAUGAGCACUGAGAGCAUGAAGAAUUUCUUCGACUCAUUAAAGAUGCUGGAAACCAAAAGUUUAACCUUGACCAUGGAGGUCCUCAAGGAACGUCAGGAGCUGGAAGCUGCUCUUAGAAGUCCUCCCCCUCCUUGGGUUGAACAGGUGCAUCCAAAUUGUUUCCAGAUCAGUAUUGAUCCAGUAGCCAUUGGGAAGGCUUCUGUUUCCAGGUACCAGGUGGAAUAUCGGAUUGCAGAAGAUAAUUGGAAAAGUCUCAAUGCAAAAGACUCUCAGGAUCAAUUCACCCUGGAAGAUAUCCACCCAAAUCUUCAGUACCAAUUCCGAUGUGCAGCUGUGACUCCAGGAGGGCUCGGUCAAUGGAGCGAGGCGAUCACUUGCAUCUGUCCCACAAGAAGGCCUGCUGAGAAAUCCCAGGUUUUGUAUUGUGCAACGUGUCUGGAAAUGGCUGGAAGCAUCCAAGGGCCUGAACGGAGGAUCAUCCUAGUGGGCCAAACUGGAAAUGGGAAAAGUGCGACAGGAAACACAAUCCUAGGAAGCAAAGUCUUUGAGUUUGGGAUGUCAGCUUGGUCAAUAACACAAGCAUGCCAAAAGGAAGAGGCGCAGCUGAACGGCAGGAAGGUUGUGGUUGUUGAUACGCCUGGCUUUUUCCACACCAACCGUUCAAACACAGAUAUUGCUGCAGAAGUGAGCAAGUGGAUAAAGCUUUGUACCCCAGGUCCUCACGUCAUUCUGCAGGUGAUGCGUCUUGGCCGUUUGAACCAGAAGGGGAAGGUCACGAUUCAGCUGAUCAAAGAGAGUAUUGGCCUUAAAGCCAAGAAUUACAUCAUCAUCUUGUUCACCCACAAAGAAGACCUGGAAGGUAUCUCACUUGAAAAUGUCAUAUCUGUCCAAGAUGAAUACCUGAAGGAAUAUAUUGCGGAAUGCGGGAACCGGUUCCUGGCUUUCAACAACAAGGCUGAAGGGGCGGAACGAAAGGCUCAGGUGGCCGAACUGAUGACCAUGAUUGAUGAUCUGGUGCACAUGAACAAAUAUGCUCCUUGUUACACAAAAGACAUGAUGAGUGUCAACAAAAGAAACAGAUAGGGAAACUAACAAAACUUAACAGCCAGGAAGCAGCAGGUGAAGCUAAGCAAAAUCACAUCAGAUCCCUGUAAAUUAGCACAGGGGCCUCCCAGAGCUAUGUCCUCUCUCCACUUUUCUUCUCUCUAUAUAGCAGAGGUCACCAAACUUUCAGACCUCAGGGACCACUAAAUUCAUUUUAAAUUUAAAAUGAAUUUAAAAUUCAAUUUUAAAUCCCGCGGACUAGGAAUAUGAUCUGCCUAAUGACCGACUGGGUGGGCGUGACUAGGUGGGCAUGUGACUGGGUGGGCAUGGCCAAUUCAAUGUCACUCAGGUCGAGGGGUGCCUCGCCAGCCUCUAUUCACCCCUCCCCUCCCAGCUACUCCUUGCCUCCCCACCCGGGCUCCUUAGGGCCCCAACAGGAAACAGUUGUUGGAACUAAGCAGCCACCAUGAGAAAGAGUUGGCAAAAGAGCUCAGUUCAAAUUGGAUCUGACCAUCAGUUGGUGACCACUGCUCUAUACCAAUGACUGUAUCUUAAAAGAUACCUCUGUUAAAGUACCGGUAUUGUACAGUGAUUGGUCUCCUUCGAGAUGAUGAUGAAUCUGCAUACAAACAGGAGGUUGAACAACUAGCCUUGUGGUGCGUCCAGAACAAUCUUGAACUAAACACACUCAAAACUGUAGAAAUGAGAGUCAAUUGUAGGAGAAACCCUCCUCUACUACCACCUCUUACAAUACUAGACAACACAGUAGCAAUAGUAGAGACUUUCAAGUAUUCUAGGUUCUAUAAUAUCGCAAGACUUAAAAUGGACACCUUUUAAGUGUUAAAGUGUUUUAAGUGUUAAAAUGGACAACAUCAAAAAUGUCAACAGAAAAGCACAACAAAGAAUGUUCUUUCUGCGCCAACUCAGUAAGCUCAAACUGCCCAAGGAGCUGCUGAUCCAGUUCUACGGAGGAAUGAUUGAGUCUGUCAUUUGCACCUCUAUAACUGUCUGGUUCGGUUCUGCAACCCAACAAGAAAGACACAGACUUCAGAGGAUAAUUAGAACUGCAGAAAAAAUAAUUGCUACCAACCUGCCUUCCGUUGAGGACCUGUAUACUGCACGAAUCAAGAAGAGGGCCGUGAAAAUAUUUACAGACUCCUCACAUCCAGGACAUAAACUGUUUCAACUCCUACCCUCAAAACGACGCUAUAGAGCACUGCACACCAGAACAACUAGACACAAGAACAGUUUCCCCCCCCCCUUGCCAUCACUCUCCUUAACAACUUAAUUCCCACAACAUUAUUAAACUAUCUAGUAAGACUGUAUUACAAUUCUUCUUCUCAUCCUUCCUAUUACCCAUCUCCUUUUCCACUAAUGAGUAUAACUUUGUUGCUUGUACCUUUAUGAUUUCUAUUGCUUUAUUUAGUGUCCUAGUAUGAUUUAUGCAGAUUGCUUAUUUAGUAUCCUAUGAUUAUCACUGAGUGUUGUAUUCUUAUGAUUUAUGAUGAAGGUAUUUUUAUGACUGUGAUUAUGAUUUAUCACUUAUAAGUUUUAUGUACGCUGAGAGCUUAUGAACUGGAGACAAAUUCCAAAUGUGUCGAAUCAUAUUUUGCCAAUAAAGAAUUCUAUUCUA